CAACCUUUUUCCCAAUCUCCCAAGUUCAUACACAAAAUGUCACUACACUCGCGCACACGCACAAAUCCUUAAUUAAUCCAACCCAUAUCUUAUAAUCAUUUCUUUUAUGUUUAAUUUCAGUAUAUUCAUCAAAUAACUGCUUUCAUUUGGUAAUAUCUUUCUUACCCAUAUCAUAAUUUCUCUUAUAAGUCAAAUUAACUAUGUUAUGUUCAAGAAUUUAGUCCCUAGAUCUGUUUAGGCAGUAAAGAUUGUAACUUUUUAAUAAUUUGACUAAUUUAUCCUUUAGGUUUUGUUUGUAUUUUUUUUUUUUUAUAGAUAUUGUUGUUAUUUAGGUCAAAUUUUAUCCAUUUCUUGCAAUAAAAACUUUGUUGUGUGUAAAGUUUGGAACUUUGUAACUUGGGGUUUUAUUUUUUACCGUUAGAAUUAACUCUAGAUUAAAACAGAUUAAGGCUUUGCCUUUUAUUUGCAUUUGGAAAGAAAUAUUGUAAUGGAUUACGGUAGGGAAAGUGGAAAUGUUGUUCAAAUAGUCACCGGAGGUUCAAGAAACGGUGGUGGUAAUGAUUUUUGGGGGGACCAGCCAGUAUGGGCCACAGAGGAUGAAUAUGGAGAUUGGAAUAGGGAAGCGUCAGUCGAUACUACUUCUAAUUCGAAUUAUGAUGGGAGACAGUCACAAACCAGAUCAGGAAGUGAACCACCGAAUAAGAAAAGAAACGGGCAGGGUGGUGAUGCACAGGCUACUAGCAGGUCAAAGGCGAUUGGGAAAAUGUUUUUUAAGACUAAGUUAUGUUGUAAAUUUCGGGCAGGGACUUGCCCGUAUGUUACAAACUGUAAUUUUGCUCAUAGUAUUGAGGAAUUGAGAAGACCGCCGCCUAACUGGCAAGAAAUUGUUGCGGCUCAUGAGGAAGAUAGAGCGGUUUCAAGUGAACCACGAGAAGAGUUUCAAAUUCCGUCUUUAGGGUCUGCUAGCUUUACUGUGGAUAGUCAAAGAUCAUAUAAAGGGCGACAUUGUAAAAAGUUUUAUACUGAUGAGGGCUGUCCUUACGGUGAUAAUUGCACGUUUCUGCAUGAUGAGCAAUCGAAAGCUCGUGAAAGUGUUGUGAUUAGUUUAGGACCUGGUUCUGGUGGUGGGUAUGGCGGUGCUGGAGCUACUGGUGGUGGCGGUGGCAGCAGCGGCGGUGGAGGAGUAGGUGCUAUUGCAGGGGGUGUUGUUGCUGGCAGUGGAGGAGGUGUUGGCGGUGUUGGAGCAGAAGCGGCGGGAGCUAAUUCCAUGUUAAAGCCAUCAAAUUGGAAAACAAGGAUAUGUAACAAGUGGGAACAAACGGGCUAUUGCCCGUUUGGAACCAAGUGCCAUUUUGCUCAUGGAGCUGCAGAACUGCAUCGAUAUGGUGGUGGGCUUGUUGAUAUAGAUGCUAAAGAUUCUCCUACUUCAAUGGACCCAAACAAGCAAGGAAUCAUGCCUUCAAAGACGCCUAUUGAGAGUGUAGUAGCUGGUGGUCAAUCACUGGCUCAUUCAGACGGUUACCAUGUUGGAGUUCCUUCUCGACUGCCCGGUGUUAUUCCAAGGACUGGGCAGAGAUUUCAAAAGUGGAAAGGCCCAGAUAAAAUUAGCCGUAUCUAUGGAGACUGGAUUGAUGACAUUGAAUAAGUACUGGUCACAGUUAGAUUAUGCAGUUGUGCUUGUUUUCUUUCCUUUUUUUUCCUUUUUUUUCCUUUGUAUGGAUUAACUGGUUCUGAAUGCUUUCAUUUUUCUUUUUGUUACCUUUGAGUACAAUAUAAAGGACUUGCUUCAGUAGAUAUGACUCAUCUACUUUUGAUUCUUUGAUUA